AUGGUCACAUUGCACUUAAAUUCAACAUCUUGGAGUAUGAAUAUCAAACACCAAGUUACAAGACUUCAACCCAAUGAGGUUAGGAUUCCGAAUAAGAUCGAUUGGUCGUGUUUGGCUUCGACGAAAUUCGAGCAACCCGAUGAAAGGCUACGCCUUUCAUUAUCGACAUUUGAGAAUCAGCGAGAUUGUGGAAGUGAGAGCGUUGCAGCAAUACUGUUCGGUAAUGGUUCCGAUUGCGACUUAAGUCUAUUGACUCGAAGAAGAUCAGCAGGGGCAGUGCCAUUAGGAGCGAAGUACAGACUGAUAGAUGGUGUUGUGAGCAACUGUAUACAUAGCAAUAUAACAAAAAUGUAUGCAUUAACACAAUUUAAUUCCACUUCUCUUAAUUCCCAUCUCACAAGAGCUUAUUCUAAUUUUGGUCUUGGAAAAGAUCACUUUCUUCAAGUUAUUGCUGCUUGUCAAACCCCACAAAAUCAGACUUGGUUUCAGGGAAAUGCUGAUGCCAUUAGGAGAUUUUUGUGGAUGCUAGAAGACAGUCCUGUGACAGACUUCCUAAUCCUUCCUGGUUACCAUCUCUACAGAAUGAAUUACCAAGAAAUUCUUCAUUUUCAUCAACAAACUACAGCUGAUAUCACUAUUUCUGCUCUAAUUUCUGAGCAAACAAAUGACAAAGGUUUUGGAAUUUUGACAGUAAAUUCAGAUAAUCAAGUACUAAAUGGGUCGAAAUCAGGUCAAUCUGAUCUGUUGCAGGUCGGGUCAAGGUUAGUAGAAAAUUGUAAAGAUAAUAAAUGUACUACUUAUGCAAGCAUGGGAAUCUAUGUCAUAAAAAAAGAGGCAUUAGUAAAGAUUUUGAAGGAAGAUUUUCCAUGGGCAAAUGACUUCAGUAGUGAAGUGAUCCCAGGUGCUAUUUCAAUAGGGAUGAAGGUCAAAGCACAUUUAUUUGAUGGAUAUUGGGAAAACAUGCAAAGCAUCAAAGGUUUCUAUGAAGCCAACAUGGAAAGCACAAAGACAACAGACAUAAGAUACGACUUUUGUCAUAGAGACUUUCCUCUCUAUACAUUGGCUCGGCGUCUCCCUCCAACACGAGUUCUUGAUUCUCUAAUAAGUGAUAGUUCCAUUGGAGAUGGUUGCAUCCUAAAUAAUUGCAGGAUUAAAGGGUCCGUGAUUGGUCACGGAACGAGAAUUGAGGAUGCAGUUGUGAUUGAAGAUUCAAUUCUCAUGGGAUCUGAUAUUUACCAAGAAGAUUUGGUACCGUUAAUGAAGAAAAAGAAGUCGACUAUUCGUAUCGGGAUUGGACAAGGGUCGUUUGUAAGGAAAGCUAUAAUUGACAAAAAUGCAAGAAUUGGAAGAAGAGUCAUGAUUAUAAACAAAGAUAAUAUCCAGGAGGGAAACAGGAAAGAUCAAGAAUUUGUGAUCCGUGAUGGAAUAGUGAUCAUUACUAAGAGUGCAAUAAUCCCCGAUGAUACCAUCUUAUAAUUAUA